AUGAAGCUCACCACCGUCUCAAUCCUCGCGGCUGCCAGCUCAGCGCUCGCCGUUCCCACCAACAUCAAGCGCGACAGCUACAUCCAAAUCAGCGACUUCUGGGCCAGAGCUGGUCCCACAUCCCCUGGUGCAUCCAUGCACUUUGUCGUUACUGAUCCAAACUACCCAGAGGACACGCCCACCGAUUGCAACCUAAUCUGGACCUAUGGCCACCUUCCUAAGACAAAUGCACGCUGCAACAAUGGCGAAUACUACAUCAAAUUCCCCAAUGGGGCUCCUGAGUUCAACUGGUUCACGCUGGAGCUUCAGAGGGUCAGUGGAUCAAUCGCUGAGGAUGGCCAUGUCUUGCUGAGUUCGAACGCGAAUGGCGCCGCACCUGGAACCAAGUGGAUUUGUGUCAAUGACCCGGAGCCAGGGGUUGAGAUCAGCUGUUCUUAUGAUGGGGUUCUUCAGAUGGAAGUUGCUUAA